AUGGCGACCCAACAACCUCCUUUGAAGUUUACUUCACACCAUAACCUCAUCUAUCGCCUGGUUCUCUCCACCCUCACCGGCCGCACAGUGCACAUCUCGCAAAUUCGUUCCAAGUCGCCGACCAACCCCGGUCUCGCUCCUCAUGAGAUUUCUUUCCUGCGCCUCUUGGAGGCCGUUACCAAUGGCUCCCAAAUGGAAAUCUCCUACACGGGUACAAUUGUUGUGUACAAGCCCGGUCUGAUUACCGGUAGCGCGUCUGGCAGCGGUGCCAGUGGAGGCAUGAUCAAGCAUGAGUUGCCUUCAAACUGCAACCGCGGUCUCAGCUACUACCUGAUCCCUCUCUGCCUUUUGGCUCCCUUCUCCAAAGCGCCCAUGAAGAUCCUUUUCAGCGGUCCGGGUGUCAUUACUUCCUCCACUCCCACAGGUGACAUGUCUGUCGACAGUGUCCGCACAGCCAUCCUUCCGCUUUACAACCAGUUCGGCAUGUUCAACAACGUGGAACUCCGCAUCCUAAAACGCUCGAACCCAGGUCCUAAUGGUCGCGGUGGUGGUGGUGAAGUGCAGUUUGUGUUCGGUCAUCAGAUUCGUCUCCCGAAGACACUACACCUAAUGAACCCGGGUCGCAUUAAGCGCAUCCGUGGUGUGGUAUACUCAGUUGGCGUGUCGGGUUCCAACAACGCUCGUAUGAUCGAAACUGCCCGUGGAAUUCUCAACCCUCUCAGCCCCGAUACCUACAUCUUCUCCGACGUCUCGUCUGCGCCUCUCAUCCCCGCUCCGGACAGGAACAACCCAAACGCAAAGAAGAAGAUUGGUCUUGGAUUCGGUUUGUCGCUGGUAGCAGAGUCUUCCACUGGCUGUCUCUACUCGGCUGAUGUAGCUUCUCCACCUUCCGGUGGUCAGCCUCCAGAGGAUAUCGGUAAGCAGUGCGCAUACCAGCUGCUGGAGACCAUCUCCAAGGGCGGUUGCGUUGCCCCGGCUGCGGCGCCGACCAUGUUGACUCUGAUGACCAUGGGUUCCGAGGAUGUGGGCCGGUUGCAGGUGGGUCGAGAGGUCAUCGCCGACCCUAACAUAAUCCAGCUCGCACGGGAUAUGACCAAGUUCGGUGCGCCAGGCUGGGGUAUCCGUGAUGCUUCGGAUGAGAAUAGCACAGAUGUGAUUGUCAGUGUGGUCGGUCGCGGUAUCGGCAAUGUCGGCAGAAAGGUUGCUUAG